CCCACUCUCACUUCGCGUGUCAGCCGAGAAGGAAAGCCCGCCUCCUGACCCAUAAGGCCACGGGGCCGGAAGUCUCCCUCUCUCUUCCUGUUCUCCACCAUGGCGCAAGAUCAAGGUGAGAAGGAGAACCCCAUGCGGGAACUUCGCAUCCGCAAGCUCUGCCUCAAUAUCUGCGUGGGGGAGAGUGGAGACAGACUGACCCGGGCGGCCAAGGUGUUGGAGCAGCUCACAGGCCAGACCCCUGUGUUUUCCAAAGCUAGGUACACCGUCAGGUCCUUUGGCAUCCGAAGAAACGAGAAGAUCGCUGUUCACUGCACAGUCCGUGGAGCCAAGGCAGAGGAAAUUCUGGAGAAAGGCUUGAAGGUGCGGGAGUACGAGUUGCGGAAAAAUAACUUCUCGGAUACUGGGAACUUUGGUUUUGGCAUUCAGGAACACAUUGACCUGGGCAUCAAAUACGACCCAAGCAUUGGUAUCUACGGCCUGGACUUCUAUGUGGUGCUGGGUAGGCCAGGUUUCAGCAUCGCAGACAAGAAGCGCAGAACAGGCUGCAUUGGGGCCAAACACAGAAUCAGCAAAGAGGAGGCCAUGCGCUGGUUCCAGCAGAAGUAUGAUGGGAUCAUCCUUCCUGGAAAAUAAAUUUUAUCCAAAAGGCCAAUAAAAUUUUCUCAGAAAUACA